AUGACCUUUGUAAAUGGAAGAGGAAACUCGUUGCCGAUCUCAAUCGAACUCGUGAUGGAGAUAUUCUCGUGGUUGCCGGCGAAAUCUAUAGCGAGAUGUCGUUGCGUGUCGAAGCUCUGGAACGCCGUACUACGCCGCCCAGAUUUCACGGAGCUGUACUUGACCAGAUCUUAUUCUGACCGCCCGCAGCUCUUGUUCGCCUUCCGCAACAAGGAGGCUGGGUUCGUCUUCUUCUCCUUACAGCAUCCUCAAAACCCCGUAGAUAACUCGUCCUUUGCUGUAGCCGCCAGUCGUUUUACCCAUUCCCUCAAAUUAUAUGAUAUCGUUGGUAUUAGUAACGGCUUCGUCCUUCUUAGAGGUAUCAAGAGAAAUGCUCAUCCUUCAGGAGUGGUGUCGUUGCUAUUUAACCCCAGCACCGGACAAUCGUUACUUCUACCGGAAGUGAAGCCGGUAGUGAAGCCCAAUUGCAAUAUGAUUGGGCUGACUAAGUUUAUGGGGUAUGAUCCAGUUAAGAAACAGUUCAAGGUAUUGUCCGCUAACAUGUCAGGUGUAUGCGGAGAUUAUGAUAGAUAUGACGAGUUUCAAGUUCUGACACUAGGAAUUGGGAAACCAUCAUUGAGAAUGGUCGAAUGUUGCUUACCCCAUUUUCCCAAAUCUGGAGGGAUAUGCAUCAACGGUGUUUUCUACUAUCUAGGUGCGGCCGACAGGUCCUAUGAUCAAUCAAUAAUGGUAGUUUGUAUUGAUUUUACUUCUGAGAAGUUCAGCUUUCUGAACUUCAGUGGACCGAUGCAAGGUGCAACUACUCUGAUAAAUUACAAUGGGAAACUAGGUUCCCUUAUGUCUAAAUAUUUUGAUAGGAGAGAUACAAGUUUUGAGCUGUGGGUUCUCGAAGACUUGGAAAAAAAGGAAUGGUCAAAGCAUGUUUAUGUAUUAUAUCCUCCUGUUUGGCAGCAUGUAGUUGAGGGGGCCGAAUUACGCUUUUUUGGAGUGGUUGGUACAAAUGAAUUUGUGUUUGUGCCGAAAUUUGUGUAUACUCCUUUCUAUGUUAUCUACUACAAUGUCGAGAAGAAGACUAUCGUAAGAGUUGUAGUUAGAGGAAUGGAAGAGUUUAAUUGUUAUAGUGUUGACGACUUGUCAAAUCAUGUGGAGAAUGUGGAGCUUAUUCGAGCAUUUUAG